CCUAAACAGACUCGUUUAACUUCCGACCAUAUGCUAUGCAUCAACAAGAGAAUAUGGUGACAAAAACCAGCCUGUACGAAUGGCUCUUUCGAUGAAAAAGAAGCAACCCUUUGCUCAUUCACAACAAUCUCGUGUUAAGAUGUGCAUUCAAGAUCAAAAUAUCAAAAACAUGGCUGCUACACUGGUCUCCUGGCCCAUUCCCAUGAGGGCUAUCGGAGCUCAGAAUCUGCUCACCAUGCCGGGAGGAGUGACCAUGUCUGGAUACCUGCACAAGAAAGGAGGCAGUCAGUUAAGCCUGAUGAAAUGGCCUCUUCGGUUCAUUAUAAUCCACAAAGGCUGCCUCUACUAUUUCAAGAGCAGUACUUCUGCUGUGCCACAAGGUGCAUUCUCACUCAGUGGCUAUAACAGAGUCUUACGUGCAGCAGAGGAGACAACAUCUAGCAAUGUUUUCCCUUUCAAGAUUGUCCACUUCAGUAAAAGACACAGAACGUGGUAUUUCUCAGCGGCGAGUGAGGAUGAGAGAAAGAAAUGGAUGCGACACUUACGAAAAGAAAUAGACCAUUUUAAUGAUAAAAGAGAAUCACACAUUUCAAGUGAUGACUUAGAUGAAUAUGACCGAAUAGAAGAACAUCUGGAAAUCAGUCAUAAUGAAGAUAACCAUGAAUCAGAUUAUGUGUCACAAGAUGAAGACAGCGGUGAAGAGGACUGCAUCAAACAAGAUGAAUUUCCAGUGUUUCCAGGUCGACCGCUAGUUCCACCCCCAUCUUAUCCACCACCCCCUGUACCUCACCUGCCUAGAGACAGCCGCCACACCAAGGGCCCGCUACCUCCACUUCCUCCUUCAUUCAAAAAACCUUCUUCAUGCUCAAUCGGAAACAAUGGACCUCCACCACUUCCACCCGCCCCACAUCUACAUAAACCACACAUGCAUCAGCAGACCAGAGGCACCGUGAUUCCAGUGCCCCCUCCACCACCACUGGCCAAAACAAAACCUCCAUUGAGCUCCUUUUCCACAAUGCCCAUUUGUGAGAAGAAGCCCAAUACCUCUCUCAGGGGGAAUAUGGCAGCUACUUUACCAAUCGUUGAGAACUUGCAGAAAGUGCUAUUGAACACUGAAAAUAAGCCACCCAUUUUUAGUCACCACAUGGUGGCCAGGCCCACCCCAGGUCACAGGCCAUUUUCACCACACCUGUCUACUCCUCUGGGUCACAAAACUCCUGGCCAGAAACCAAAACUUCCAUUACCAACCAAACCCACUCACAGUAGACCCUUACUCCAAAGAGCAUCACCAGAUGGACAGAGUUUUCGUUCCCCUAUGGAAGAGAACCCUUUGAAAAAACAAGUGCAAGGGAUAAAAAUCGAAGACUCAGAGGAUGAGGAUUAUGAAAAUGUACAAUUGCCUCCCUCUGUCUUUGUGGACACGACUGAUACCAGUAAUGUUGAAAGAUUAUUUAAAGAGGCAUACUGCUCCCCUCCGAAUGGUCUCUACUGCAUCCGAAAAUCAGGAACAGGGAAAACAUCACAGGUGCUAGUUGUUUGGGACACGGGUAUAAACAAAGCCAGAAACUACAGACUAUUUGAGGAGGAGCAGAGGGUUUACGUGGAGACAGAAAUAGUUUUCCCUUCUUUGGCCGCACUGGUUGAGCACUACUAUAUUUACCCACUGCCUAGCAGCACCACCUCUCUGCCCAGCUACUCCUUGUGCUUACAGGUGCCUUAUGGCUACAGUCAACACAGGUGACAUCAGCCCCCUUACCUGUGCUCUGAAACACCCACCUGUCCUGCGCCCUCCAUGCUCAAACUAAUGUUUGGUUCUUUGACUUGCUUGAGUCUGCUGCAGACUCUGCUGGUUAUAAAUACUCAUUACAUCUGAGUGGACACUGAUGAAAGAACUUGAUGCAUCACAUGAGUCACUGGUUUAAUACAAUUACAAACAUAUGGAAAUCAGGUUGAGGUCAUAAUGCAUUGAUAGUAAGUCUAAGGAAUAUUCAGAUGCCCAACCACUUGAACUGCAUUGAGUCAGUACAUAUACAUGUACGGUAUGUGUGCUGUACAUAGACUGGGUGAAUUUCAUGAAAUGUGUCAAGAGCAUGCUCAGGUCAUAUUUUAUCCCAAAAUCAGAAGAAAGAAAGAAGAAAUUAGAAAAUCAAGCAGAUUUUAUGGACCAUUUAUAUUUAUUGCAUUGAAACAGUAAGCGCAUUUCUGUGCACAAUUUUACACGAUUAUGUUUAAUCAGCCGACAAUGUGUGUUUACAUGUAAAUGCAUUAAACGGCUUUCAUUUAUCAGUGUAAGGCCAUAAACGGCGUAAGAAUAAACCAAAAAACACAGGUAGAUUGUUGCCCAUUAUGACAAUUUCGCAUUGAAUAUAAACACUUUUACUGCAUUUAUCCAAUGUAUGCAAGUGUUGUGCCCAUGCCUCUUCAAGGUUUGACAUUAAAAGCAGAGAAUAACAUGAUUAUUUCAAAUUUCACGUAAACGCGGUUUUCUUGCUUUGUCUGAGUUCUUGGCGUAUGUGCAUGUAAACGGGCUCAGUGAUCCCAUUUACAUGCACUUAAGUAAACAGUUUAUUCCAGGGUUUUUGCAGAAAGUGUCUCCCUGAAACGCCAACGCCGAUUUCCUUACACUGUUUUAGAGAUUAAAAGAGAGCAACAACUUAACAAACCUGGUGUGGCAGGGCGGAGGGCGGGGCCGGGUCAUGAUCAAUGGAAAGGAGGAGGCGAGAACCGGCUUUUCAAUAUAAAUAAUAGUUUAAUGAUAAACUUAAAAGAAGACACAAACACACACAUGACGGACAUGUCCGUAAAAGAUCUCUCUCUCCCGCACGACCCCCUGCAGUCAACCUUUAUACCUCAGAGGCUUGAUUAGCCUAAUACGGGACCGGGUGUGUAGGAUCACGAUCUGGCCCCGCCCUCCGCCCUGCCACACCUGGAUUACUGGAAUGAGGCUUAUGUGGUCAUGUAAACACAUAAGCAGCAUUCUUACAGGUUUUUGAGGAGUGUGCAUGUGUCUGAACAUUCCGGAUAACAAACAUCAUAGGAUGGAGCCCAACACCAAGUCAACACAACAGAAAGAAUUCAAGGACAGUGAGAAGAGCACAUACACUAUAAACUAUACCCAUUUAUACACACCAAUGUUAAAUAUCAACAUCCCUCACGUUCGUGAAUAUGCACCUCAGGUACAAUGGGGGAAUCCCAGAGUUUGACAUAGGAGGAAAACCAACUAUCGCAGCACAAUUUAGUUGCAGGAUGCGAUAUAAAGGAAACAAACACUGCAAAAACUCAAAAAAUAUCUGGAAAUAAAGCGAAUCAACAGAGAAUAAAAUAGCAAAGUCUUCCUCAGUUGCCUUGUUCGUUAUUUUCACAAGCGUCACAGGGAAAUUACAUUGCUCUGGAGAAAGUGUGAAAUAGGCAGAACGGGCAAUAAUCUCCCCUUGUCGAUGGGUUUAUUCUUACACCGUUUAUUUCCUUACACGGAUAAAGUAAAGUUGUUUAUUAAAUUUACUUGACCACACGUUAUCGCUUAUUAAGGAUAAUCGGUGUAAGAAUGUGCAUGUAUGUUUUCCCCUUAUCAUCGUCAUGAUACUACAAAUAAAUAAACCUCAACUUCAUUACUGUAAUUAUAUAUUAAAUAUUAAAGUUAUAUAUAUAUUAUAGUGGUAUUUGUCAUACUGUAAAAAUGUGCUUAAAUGUCAGGAAAUUUAUGUAACACAAUAAAAGGUCCCAAAAAUAAGUUUAUUUAUUUUAUUUAUUUUC